CAUCUUUUUCAACAGAUUGAAAACCUAAACAAAAAACAAAAACAUGGAUUUCUACUAUUUACCCGGUUCUGCACCAUGCCGUUCAGUGCUCCUCACCGCCAAGAGCCUUGGUAUUGAACUCAACAAAAAAUUGUUGCACCUGAGAAAUGGUGAACACUUGACUCCCGAAUUCCUCAAGAUCAACCCACAACACACCAUUCCCACUUUGGUGGAUAAUGGUUUUGCACUAUGGGAAUCACGCGCCAUUCUAGUAUACUUGGUCCAGAAAUACGGCAAGGAUGACUCAUUGUUCCCCAAGUGUCCUAAGAAGCAAGCUGUCGUCAACCAGCGCCUGUACUUUGACAUGGGCACCCUAUACAAGGCCUUCGCUGACUACUACUAUCCCCAAAUCUUUGCUAAAAAGCCCGCUGACCCUGAGAUGUACAAAAAAAUGGAAGCUGCUUUCGAUUUAUUGAACACAUUCCUAGAAGGCAACAGCUAUGUGGCUGGUGAUCAAUUGACCGUAGCAGACUUAUCUAUACUAGCUUCUGUUUCCACAUUCGAUGUUGCCGGCUUCGACAUUAGCAAGUAUCCCAAUGUUGCCAGAUGGUACGAAAAUGCCAAGAAAGUACCUGGUUGGGAAGAGAACUAUGAAGGUGUCUUGGAAUUCAAAAAAUUCUUCGAAUAAGGAAAUAUAUACGUCUAAGUAUUAUAAAUGUUACUUUUGUUUUACUGCAUUUACGUUUUGUGUAAAUACUAAUUUAUGGAAAUUUCGGAGAAAACUAAAUAAAAAUAUUUAAUGUUAUACAAAAAAAUUUAACAUUACAAUAUAAACAAA